AUGCCACCCGAGCUGAAUUAUCUCCAGCUUGUCUCCUUUGAAGGAGGAAAUAUUCUGUUGAAUGAGGAUAGCGCCCGGAAGACGUUUGCAAAUGAGAGAUACCGAGACAAAAAGGUCACAUUUGUCAGCAUCAUUGGCCCUUCAAGGAGCGGCAAGAGUUUCUUGGUGGCCUACAUGACCAGCAAACAUGAAAUCCGUGGCCGCUUCAAAAGCGGCUAUGACCGCGACACAGAAGGAAUUCAAAUUUGCGAGCAUCCGAUGGAGCUGGAAGAUGGGACUUUCAUGUUCUUUUUGGAUACUCAAGGGACCUUUGACUUGCAAACCGAGCUGUUCGUCGCCGAUUGGAUCAUGGCUUUCAGCUUGCUAAUCGCUGGCAUUCAGAUUAUCAACCUGCGCAUUAACCUUGAUGGUGAUAACUUGCGCAUUGUUCAUCGGGCAGUUGAAACAGCAAAUUUGAUGAAAACUGCUGCGUCCGGCGAGAAGCUGCUAUUUUUGAUUCGUGACGCUGCCUGCCCGGACAUGCCACCUGCAGAAUUUCUGGAGCGCGUUUGGGAAAGUGCCAAGUCCUCCAGCGAACUGACCGGAGCGCAAAAUUCUUUGCGAACACGUUAUGAAAUUAGCUGCAUUCUAUCUCCAGCCCCGUCGGAAAAUAUACGGUUGAGUAGCGGCGAAGCUACAAUCGGGACGGGUGAG